GACUGGAGAUUGAGUGGUGAGGAGGCCGCGAGCGCUGGGAGGAUUGCUUACCUUCUGUUUUUCUUGAAGGUUACGUUUCCUGACAUUUUUCGGCGAAUCGUAUAACAGAACGACCCUCCCCCACCCCCCUACCCCUGAGAGAGCAUGGCACAGGAGACCAAUCAGACGCAAGUGCCAAUGCUUUGCACUAUGGGGUGCGGUUUCUAUGGAAAUCCCCGCACCAAUGGCAUGUGUUCCGUCUGCUACAAGGAGCACCUGCAGAGACAGCAGGGCGGCGGCCAUACCAGCCCCCCAGCCACCACAUCAGCCGGUACCCCUACAGAUGCUCCUGUAGCCGUGGAGACAACCUCUGACCCCACCACAGAGGAGCUCGUCCAGACAGAGGAGAACAAGUCUAGCUCCCCCAGUCCUGUUACCCAGCAGAUGACAGCCAUGAGCAUCUCCCAGGACACUGCGGCCAUGGACUCUGACCAUGCCGAGGCAGAGGAGGAGGAAGAGGCGGAGGAGGGGCCAUCCAAACCUUCAGGGGAGACGACUGUGGAAGCAACAGAGUCCACUUCUGAUGGAGACCAAACCCCUGACAAAGGCAAGAAGAAGAACCGCUGCUUCACCUGCCGAAAGAAAGUGGGCCUCACAGGCUUCGACUGUCGCUGCGGGAACGUCUUCUGCAGCAUCCAUCGCUACUCGGACAAACACGACUGCCCCUUCGACUACCGGGGGGCCGCCACCGCGCGCCUGCGGAAGGAAAACCCCAUAGUGGUGGCCGAGAAGAUCCAGAAAUUGUGAACCGAACUGCGAAUCCUGGGACAGGAACACCACACAGCGAGACUCUUCCCUCACCGCUGAGGGCUUUAUCAUGGAGGAAGUAGGGGGGUCACAUCCUCCCCGCCUAGCCCCUCUCCUCUCUCUCCUCAGCUGAGUGUGUGUGUGUGUGUGUGUGUGUGUGUAAAUGUGAGCGAGUGAGUGGUAAGUGUGGGAGCGCGUGUAAUUGAAUGAUAGUGUGUUGUGAAUGAGUGACUCCGUGAGUGAGUUAGUGCGUUAGCUUGAGGGGGAGGAGGAAUGGGCUCUGGGGGAUAUGUUAGUGUGCUUUGGGGAGUUGCCAUUGAAUUUGUUUUAUCCAUUUUAUAUGCUCUGUAUUUUGGAGGGGUGGGGUUAUUUGUAUCUGCCCCCCUGGGCAAUUGGUGAGGUUGGGGUAAGAGUUUAGGGGACGGGCGAGGGGGGGGAGGUUUAAAAGGGGAUCCUUCAUACAGAGACUUGUGGUGUUUUGGAUCAAGGGUUUGUGAUGCCCUUAAACAUUAGGUAUAUACUCCUGGACUAAUGGACACAGUGUUUCUCACAUGCAGUACUUUUGAGUUUCCCUCUUUGGGGAGGGUGGGAGGUGGGGGGGCGGGGGUCUGAUUUAUUUUCAAUGCUCUUUUCCCCUCUGACAUUUUUAUGGACAGACAACGUCAGAAAUGCAAGCAAAUUUCAAAUUCCCAGUCUGCAUAAAAUGUUUUUUUUUUUUCUUUCUUUGAUCUGUUUUAGCCCUCUAAUGUUGAAUGCAUGUGUAGUUAUUUGCUGAGGGGAGGUAAAAUUUGAGACAAGAGUGAUUGAGUACUGUGUGUUUGCCCUCUCCCCCUUUCUGCUCUGAGCGUAUGACACCAGAAGAUCUAUAUUAAUAUAUUGUAGUUAGCUUGGAUUGUGUGAUUGCAUUCUAUUUAUUUUAUUUUUAAUGAUCAUUUGGUUGGUUUGUAUCAGAGGACAGACUGCAUGUGUGAGCAGACCAAUAGAUAGCUCUCUUGACCUUCCAGUUAUGUUUUAAGCCUUUUAAUUAUAUAACCGAUUUUGGAAAAAACGCAAACAAGUAUGUGAUGGAGUAGAGCCCUGUUCAGUUGUGCAAGUAGGGAGAUGGGAUGCACAUUCUGCAGAUACUGACUUUAUUGUAUUGGAAUCCAAGCACAACUAAUCCAGAUACGAAUAUCAAUUACGCAGCACAAAUGCAACAGAAAUAAAGAUGCAAAAAACGUA